AUGCAGCUCAGACUGCACCCGACGCGUCCGCAGCGCCCGCGUCGGUUGCCGCAGUUGCCCGACGCCACGCAUCAGCUGAUCACCGCCACGCCCGCCGCCGUCUUGUCCACGGCGCCGAACCCGUUCAUCAAAUGCGCGCAGCCGCCCGAGCGCCUCGUCGAACGUCAUCUUGUCGAGGUUGGAGAACUGCUCGAUGCCGGCGACGACCGGGAACAGCCGGUCAGGGACGGUGUCAAGAAGCUUUUUCACCAGCACCGCGCCGCCAAGCGUCUCCCGAGGUUCGCGAACCGCGCCGUCAUCCCCGCCAGCCUCCCGGCGUACGCGUCCAGCGCCUCGCCGUCCGCCAUCUUCAUGCGAUCGAGCUCCCCGUGCAGAGUCGCCCGCCUCGCCGUGCGCACCCGAUCGGCGCCGACGAACCUCACCUUCAGGGAGUCCCAUAUCUCCCUGGCGGUGAGCUUCAUUGUCACCUGCAGCAGCACGUCCUCCAGCAGCCCGCCGAGGAUCAUCGCGCGCGCCGUCUUGCACGUUUUCCCGUUCACCGCCGCGUUGCCCGGUGCCACCGCCUCCCACAGAGUGUGGGCGUCAAGAAUCGCCUACGCCUUGAUCGCCCACACCGUGUAG